GUUAUACAAUCAAUGCAUUCAAUGAAUGUAUGAAUUGAAUUGAUAUUUGAUUUUUUGUGAUUGUUUUGAAUCGAUUGAAAACCAAAUGAUUGGUUGUAUUACAGCAAACGUUUAGACACAUCUCAAGACAUAUAGAGAGACAACAACAACAACAAUGUCUUCAAUGGGUAAACAAUCGAGUAGUGAGAUGUUUGAAGAGUUAAAGAAGAGGACAGUGGUCUGUGUGAAUGAGGCCAACCCGGAGGCCAUAGAGUCGUUGCGGCAAUUUGUGGCCAAAUGUGACGACCACUUCAUUAACUCGUUAUAUCAGUACUCGAUAUUUCCCUUAAGACUUAUCAUUGCAAAUGUCACCAAAAUCACAGAUAAUUGCGGCAAAACACUGGAGUCCAGCGUCGAGUGUCUGUCAUUGAUAUUACAGAAGUCACGGAUCAACCGAUUCGACAUAUUUGCCGAUGUUUUGGCCAAUCUUUUACAGCUAAUCGAUGACAAUCCUAACACAAUAAAUGAUGAAGAGAUAAAAUUCAAAGCCAGCGAAGAUUUGAUACUCAGUGUAAUCAAGUGCUCAAAGACAUUGAUCCAAAACUGUGAUGACUCUCUAUUAGACCAACUAAUUAGUCCACAAUUUAGCGCCCAAUUUGGUCACUCUAUUCAUAUAUUGUUAAGUGUGGCCAACAAACAAAAAUAUAGUCAAAUCAAAGCCGAAGCCAUCGAAACCAUUAACUGUCUGAUCAGUAAAUGUCAUCAAAGUUUACCAAAAGAUGACAAUUCAAAAGCUCAAGAUUUAAUUGCAUACUUUUUGCCGGGAAUUUCAACUAAUUGUACAAAAUUGAUAACAAGUGACGACAAACUGAAUCGCCGAGUGAUCACAUCGUUGCUAACAUUGUUAUCCAAUACUAUAGUAUUAGUCUUUAAGUCGACACCUGUUUCUACAGAUACUAACGGUGUCGACGAUUCUAAACAAUUAACUAAUUUAUCCACUGGUGAUCCAGAGGAAUGCCAUCGAAAUGGAUUUAUUAUAACAAGAAAUAGAAAAUGGUUGGAAAGUAGUUGCGAAAAAUUGAAUAUAGUUUUCGAUAAAAUCAUUUCGUGUUUGAUAUCACACCAAAACUGGAGUAUCAGACUAUCACUUCAACAGUUUGUGUCACAGAUAUUGACAAAUUGUUGUUCACUGUUUGUUAACAACUGUUUUGCAUCACUUAUCAAAGUUUCAUUGACCUAUUUAAGUGAUGAUUUUGAACAAAUUAGACACGAAUCGGAUCAGUUUAUUAGCAAACUAUCCAAAACUAAUGUGACUAGUGAUUCAUCCAAGUCUUAUUUGGAUCUAAUAGAAGAUCAGAUAUAUACUUAUAUAACACGAUUGCCUCGUAUUGUCAGGACGUGCAGCGACAGAGAGAAGAUUACUUCUAUAUAUCUGUUGUUUGGUUAUCUUAAAUGUUUGGACACCGAAGGCAUCAAUUAUAUGCUAUAUUCACCGCAACACAAACAGCGACUCUUUGAAUGUCUUAUAGAUAUUUGUCAUUUCGAUUAUCAUGGAAUCAGACUUCUUGAGCUCAUUGCACACAAUGAUAAUAUUAGUCAUUUAGCUGAAGAACAAGUGCAACAAAAAUGGAUAAGAAAAGAGUUUUCCUAUUUAAAUGAUGACAAAUCGGUCGCCGCUAUUACUAAUUGCUGUCAACUGAUCGGACAAAGAUGUGAUCCCGAAGUUCUCAUUGACUAUCUUAUGGAUGCACUGCGAGAGUCUAAGAUGAACUCAAGUGUCAUAUUUGUUGCCAAUCAAAUCAUGGCAAAUGUCAAUUGCGAUUUUAAAGAGAUCGAAGAGAUGUUGGACCUGUAUUUGGCACACAUUAAGACUAUAUUAGAGGAUCAAAAUGUUGAAGAUAUGAAUAAAGACAUUCUUCGUCAAUGUCUUCUCAUUGAAGGUCUUACAGUUUUUCUUCAUUUAUAUGAUUCGAAGACAUCACAUAACUAUCUAAUGAAAUGUCUGUUCCCACUAAUCCAAAGUGUCGGCUCAUUAAAUCUGUCUAUCUAUCAGACAUCCCAUCGGGCACUGACAUUAGUGGCCAAUUAUUUAUCGUAUAACUCGAUCUCAAAAUUGAUUGAUUCCAACAGUGAUUAUCUGAUAAAUUUUGUUUGUAUUAAUUUGAAACAUUUUGUCGAUAACCAAAGGGUCCCAAUUGUGAUCAAAGUGAUGCUCAAGUACUCUACUCAAGAGAUGCUACCAUUGUUUGUUGAUGUGAUCGAUGAGAUUAUUGUUGUGGUCGACUGUUACCACAAGAGUCAAGCGCUACCUCUGAUGCAAGUUUUACAGUCGUUUGUAAUGACAUUAAACCAUUAUUUUAUAGAAAACGAUAAAUUAGUUGAUAAUCGAGUAGUGAUUGAUAGAAACCAAAGAUGUCGUACCAAUUAUAUGAUUGAAAGUUUUGUUAACGAUUUCGACGAGUUUAUGAAAAAUAAGUUAAUUUUAGAAGAUUUUGAUAAAGUAGACGAAUUGAUUGGUGAUAAUGAAGAUAAUGAUGAAUGUGUUGUCAAUAAAGAUGUUGAUGACAACGAAACAGAUGAUAGUAAACCAAAAGUGCCAUUUUAUGUGCCAUUAAUUAAUAAGAUAUGCGAACGUUGUGUACAUAUUAUCUCAAAUACUGAUCCAAAGGUCAGAAUAAUUGUGUUGGAAAUCAUCAACGAAUGUCUCAUAUGUUUAAAACCAUUUGAAGAUCACUUACUUCCGAUGAGUCACAAGCUAUGGGCACCACUUGUCCAGCGGUUCACCGAAAAGGAUAUUAUUGUUGUAAAGCGUUCUUUCACUUGUCUGCAAAUAAUGUCUCAAACUUGUGGUGAUUUCAUACGAGUCCGAACUAUCAAAGAAGUGAUGCCAAAAAUAUUAACAUUUUUGCGGACUCAGUUACCAAUUAGUUUUAAAAAAGACAAAGCGUCUGCCUAUCGGUUCACAGUUGCCUACUCUUUGCAAAUUGAUGUCUUAUCUGGUAUUGCAUCCAUUGCCAAGAAUCUCGAUUUAAGAGACAAAGAUCUGUGGCCAUUGAUUGUGGAAAUAAUUCCAUACCUUAACACAUACCAACCGCUUCCACUACAAGAGUCGGCAAUCAGUGCAUUGAUCACUAUUGCAGAUCUCGACAUUGGUUCAGUCUAUUACUACUUGAAGAUGAUUUAUAGUGUCGAUGAUGUGGUAAAACAUGAGAAUAAAUUUUGUGCUGAACUCAGGUUUACCGGAAAUAAACCAGAAUUUGCUAAAAAUCAAAUCAUUUGUACAUAA